UCGAGGUGGCUCUCGACCAGACCGGAUUAGCGAGUCGCGUUUAGUGUAGUGUACCCUAGUUGAUGACCGAGAGUUUCCAACGGAUGGUGGUGGCAUUCCUUCCUUUAAUGAAUUACAUAUAGCGGGUCAUCGGUGUUCCCGGUUUUUAUGCCCUGAGCCCUCUGGUACGGUUCCUGUCAAGGUUGUUGUUUUUGUUGUUCUAGUGGAAGUGCAUGCGCGAAUCGAGAUUGUGACCUAACCGUACUCUCUAUAGUCGGCUGCUCCACGCGCAUGAGAGGAGCGGGUGUAUCAUGAUGUGAUAUCUCUGCAUUAAGAGUCAGUGGCUGAUGGUGUGUUCUGGUAAAACGUGAUUUGGUUUGUGGCACUGGUGAAAGGUGAAGGUGAAGGUGCGGCGAACAACAGUGGUAGAAAGGGGAAUACAGCCUAAUAUGCAUUGAAUGUGCGCUGAUGCGGGAAAGUUGUCACGUCAGCUGCAACGGUGUGCAAGGGAAUCUCGGAUGCCCGCUUGGGAGAUCAUCAUCAUAGCGAACAACUACCAGUAACUACAGUUGCAAGGUUCGGAAGCGAUGGAUGUGAACACUACCAUACGAAAAUGUGCAGCUUUUUGAUGUGCUAACAAAUAGCUUAAACAAUCGACCGGUCGUCAUCAUCGUCGCAGUAGGCUUGAUAUGCACACAAAGUGAGAGCGUGCGAUAAUCAGGCGGCUUUGUGAGUUUUAAAGUGAACGGCCAAGGCUUACUCGAUUAGACGUGAUAAUAAUGCUGAACGGAAAAGACGUUGCAAGUACGAUAAAAAUUUCACCCUAAUCGGGUGACGUGACGUUUGGUUGGUGACACAAAAAGUACCGCGCGUCUAAGUUUCGGGUGCCAAAAUAAAACAUCCGGCAAUUAAAGUUGGCACGGUAGCCGUCGUGGCGAGUAAAUCGUUGAAUAAAUUGGAAUUGACAAACAAAAAAGUGCACUGCUUCCCGUCAAACUGCCACUGCUCUCUGUUAUUAACGGCGUACUUCUAGGAGCGGAAAUUGAUAUUCGCCCUCCGCAUAGCAUUGCCAGACGAAUCGUGAAAGAGUGACAUUAUAAACCAUCAGGCUACCUGUGUAGGGUGGGGCGUGUCGGACGCCGUGAGGGGGCGUAUGUGUGACAGAACGCGCGCGUAUGAUAGCUAUUUGCCGGAUCGCUUUUUUUUAUUUUUAUCGAAUAUUCAAUUCGGAUGACAUCAUUACAACAGCCAGUCAGUAUAGUCGGUAAAGUGAAAAGCAGUAAAUAACCACAGUAGGCACCCCACCGUCGUGUCGAUCGACUUCAGCGCGGCAUUGCCUACUACGAUAGACUGAUAGAUUUUCGCAUAGAGUCUCACCUCCGCAGUAGACUGUAGGGAAAGGAAAUAUGAGCGCCGCCGUCAGCGCCGAGCAAACCAUGAUCGGCGACGGCAUCGAGAGACACAUUAGCAAUAACAAUAACAAUGGCGAUCGCGAACCGCGGAAUAAUGGAACCCACGCAUUUGAGACAAUUUCGGAAUGUACCACGACGUCGGCCAGCAGCAGUUCCAUCUUCAAGAGCUCAAUGGCCACCACCGCCAGCAAUGUAAGCCGGUCGUCGUCGUACCAUUUGCAACAUCUCAAGAGCGCCUACGGAGCAUCGGAGGAAAUGCUGGAAACGGAAAAAGCCAGUCUGGUGGAACGCGUCAACGAUCUGGAGCGGAUAGUGCUGGAACAGAAGGAUGAAAUCGUCUGUCUUAAAUCCACCCUGGCCGACGUGCUGCGACGGUUGAGUACAAUCGACAACAGCUAUGAUAACGCUAAAAAUACCGAAGGAAGCUCACACAGCGGUUCCGUGAUGUCCAGCAAGAGUUUUCGGUUUUCGCGGAAUACCAUAACUAGACUAAACUCCAGCGUGGACGAGAAACGCUUCGGUCGAGUUCCGUCCCGGGUGACGAGUUCCCCGUCGCGGAACAUGUCCACCGCAAAGGCCAGCAGUCUAGCGCAGAAGGCGAUUCACCACUCCAACGGUUCUCUGCAUUCCGAUUCGAUGAGCAGCCAUUCGAUAUCUCCGGCCCCGUCGCCAUCACCCAAACAGCCAAAUAUGCAAAAUUUGACCGCCUCGGCCGUCGGGAUCGGCGGGGUGGGUAGUGGUGGCAUGGGAAAACGGUGGAGUUCAACCGGGGACUUUGUGAGCGGAUCACCGGGUCCGUCGGUCAGCAGUACCGGCAACAGUAUGUCACGCUUCUCCACCAAAUCCCUCCUGAAUCUGAACAGUGGCCUCAGCGGCAACGGUUCCAAGCAGACCGGUUCCCAUGCGUACGUCCAACGGAGGGACGACGAUGACUACCUUAAGCUAUAUAUCAGUGGCCGUCCAAUAGUGCUACACAUUCCAGAAGCUCAAAUUAGUACGUACGAAACGACCAAGGUCCAACCGGCCCCGAACAAACGCCUCCGUCUGGACUGGGUCUACGGGUAUCGGGGUAAGGACUGUCGGUCGAACCUGCACCAACUUCCGACUGGGGAGAUGGUAUAUUUUGUCGCUGCCGUGGUCAUCCUGUACAACAUGGACGAACAAUCGCAGCGGCACUACGUUGGCCAUACAGACGAUGUCAAAAGUUUAGCCGUGCAUCCCAAUAAGCUACUGGUGGCGACGGGGCAGUGCGGUGGCCAUGACGGAAGGGACACACUUCCACAUGUGAGAGUGUGGAACUCGGUAUCGCUGGCAACGUUGAACGUCAUCGGAUUGGGAGACUUUACGGGGGCGAUCAACUGUCUGUCCUUUAGUCGAGCCGAUAGCGGAACGAUUCUAGCAGCAAUCGACGACUCUCCGGACAAGAUCAUAUCAAUCUGGGACUGGCAGAAGAAGGAAAAUGGAAGGAAGAUCACCGAGACCAAGUGCUCAGUGGAUACGAUCGUCGCAGUGGAAUUCCAUCCACUGGACAAAGGUCAGAUCAUUACGAUUGGGAAGAAUCAUAUCGCAUUUUGGUCGUUGGAUCAAAAUGGAAUGCUUUACAAGCGAAUGGGAGUGUUUGAGAACCGAGAGAAGCCUAAAUACGUGACAGCGAUAACGUUUACUCCGGCGGGAGAUGUGGUCACGGGAGACUCGAAUGGAAAUAUAUCAAUCUGGCCUCGGGGAACAAACGUGAUCAGUCGAUUCUUGAAGAAGGUCCACGAAGGAUCGAUCUUUUCAAUAUGUGCCUUACGGAACGGCGGGUUCGUUUCCGGUGGCAAAGAUGGUCGACUGGUUCUGAUGGAUGAUUCAAUGCGACUGAAGUCGGAACAACUGGUCGAAGCCCAUUUCGGUGCGGUUCGGGUAGCAACGCAGGGCAAGGGAUCGCAACUGCUCAUAGGAACGACAAAGAACUGCAUUCUAUCGGGUGACUUUACACUCGGAUUGGUGCCGAUCGUGAUGGGUCAUACGGAUCUGCUGUGGUCACUGUCGUCGCAUCCUCAGGUGGCACAGUUUGUAACCGGUGGACGCGAUCGGUUACUUCAGUUGUGGGAUUCUCUUUCGCAUUCCGUCGUCUGGAGUAAGGACAUUGGUGAACCGAUCCAAACGGUACAGUUUUCCAACACGGGAGACACCAUCAUCGUUGGAGGUGUUGGUGGUCGAUGGAUGGUUUUCGAUACCGUCACCAGGGAACUGUUGGCUGUUUAUCAGGAUGGACAGGACGUUAUCCAAACGAUGAAGUUCUCUCCAGACAGCAAUCUGCUAGCUCUCGGUUCGAAGGAUGGUGGUAUCUACAUCUAUCAAUGCACCAAGGUACCUCAUCGAUUCUCCAAGAUCGGAAAAUGUUCUGGUCACUCGAGUUAUGUAUCCCACAUGGAUUGGUCCAAGGAUAGUACAGUGCUGAGAACAAAUUCCGGGGACUACGAACUACUCUACUGGAAUCCAACUCUCUGCCGCCAAAUAACAUCCCACAGCACAGUCAAGAACCUCGAAUGGGCUACCCAGUCCUGUACGGUGUGCUUUGAAACGGUCGGUAUCUGGCCGGAGAACUUUGAUGGAACAGACAUCAACAGCGUUUGCAAAGACGGGGAAGAGCAAUUUCUGGUCACAGCCGACGAUACGGGCAAGGUCCGGCUGUUCAGCUAUCCGGCCUCGCAACCAAAGUCACUGUCGCAUGCCUACCGAGGUCACAGUAGUCACGUAACGGCCGUAAAAUUCAUGCAUGAUGGCGUCCGGCUUCUGUCGUCUGGUGGAUUGGACACAAGUGUACUUCAGUGGCGCGUGGUUUAAGCCAUGUAAUGUAGUGCAGGUUCGAGUGAACCACAAAACAAAAAACGAUGACAACAACACGAACACAAAUAAUGCAGUACUAAUUGUUACAUUAGUAUUUAAAUUACACACGCCUCUUUAUUUAUUAGCUCUAUACUCUUUCCGAUUCAGCGAAUGAACAAAAUACAAGUAAAAAUACACCCUCCCCAUUACUAAGUGAUACAAACAACAGUUGUUUCAAAUUAUUCUAACAAUGCGCAUUUUAGAGCAGGAAAUAAAUUAUUGAACUUUUUUAUUCGACGGUAAUAAA